GCGCGAGGCUAGGGUUUUACCGUCCACGCUACCGCGCGCGCGUCCUCCUCCCUCAAUCCCUCUUCCGGAGUCGGUGGCGGAGCGCGCGCGCGGAUGGCCGGCGCGGAAGGGUCGUCGACGGCAGCGGAGAUGGAAGUGGACCUGGAGCUCUCCCGCGGCGGCGAGGGGCCCAGCUUCGAGUUCGAGUUCGCGUUCAACUCGCAGAACUUCUCCGACCGGUUGCUGCGGAUAGAGGUGGUCGCCAGUGAAGACGCCGGCGGGCGAUCCCUGCCAGAGCCAGACUCGUCGCGCCACGAGGAGAAAGGUGAUGCAGGACAAAAUAUAGAAUCUUCCUCAACCAUGGUAGAUACACCACUUUUACGAGUAAAGACAGUUUAUAUCAAUUCAGCUAUUCUUGCUGCAAGAAGUCCUUUCUUUCUCAAGCUUUUCUCAAAUGGCAUGAAAGAAUCUGAUCAGACACAUCCAACACUUAGGAUUGCUAAUUCAGAGGAAAACGCCGUCAUGGAGCUUUUAAGCUUUAUGUACAAUGGAAAGCUGACAACACCCGAGCCUGCUCGUCUGCUCGACAUAUUGAUGGCCGCUGAUAAAUUUGAGGUGCUUUCUUGCAUGAGGCUUUGCAGUCAGUUGCUUGCAAAGUUGCCUAUGACCACAGAAUCUGCGCUGCUCUACCUCGACCAUGCAUGCUCCAUUUCAAUGGCAUCUGAAGUUCAUUGUUUGAUAGUUAGAGCCAAGAAAUUCCUUGCCAACAAAUACAAGAACUAUACUAAGUUCCAGCACGAACUAAUGAACUUCCCUCUUGUUGGGAUUGAAGCCAUAUUUUCAAGUACCGACCUACAUGUAACAAUUGAAGACAACAUAUAUAUGUUCAUGCUCACCUGGGCCCGUGCGCGAUACCCAGAAUUGGAGGAAAGACGCACAAUCUUGAGUUCUCAUCUACUUCCGCUGGUGCGCUUCACUCAUAUGAGUUGUGCAAGACUGCAGAAGGUCCUAACUUGCACCGACGAUGAUAUAGACCAUGAUCAAGUAAAUAAGGUUAUCACUACAGUACUUCUGCACAAAGCUUACCCAGCACAUGUACAUGGUGUUCUUGGAGCAGACGCAACAACUUGUUGGCAAUUUGCAGAACGAACUUACAUGUGCAAACCUGUAAAAGUUGUUGCGUUUGAUGGACCCUGCCCCCAGGUUAUAGCUUACUGGGAUCUGAAGCGUGAGGAGUGCGCCCGACUCUUUCAGCCAGGACAGGUACCUUCACAGCCACUCCCUAGACUCUUCCAGUCAGGACAGAUAAUCUCGCACCCGCUCAAUCUUGCAGGGCUGGACUUCACGCUCGUAGCAAGAUGUAACAUCGACCAGCCGAGUGGAUUGUACAGUUUUGGCCUCUUCUUAGUCAUUAUAGAGAAGCUGAAGGGAUCUGUGACAGUAGAUUAUGAGUUUGCUGCAAGGACAAGAGGGUCGGGGAAAUUUGUGACCAGGUUUGAGAGUAAGAACACCUUCACUGGUAGUUUGAUGAUUGGAUGCGAUGAUGUUUUUGGCAUUCCAUGGAAGAUGUUCAUUGCUGAUGACAACCUCUUCAUCGACGACGUGCUGCAUCUGAGAGCUGAUUGGAGGGUAUUGGAGCAACAAGAACCACAAGCUUGAUAAGUUACUCUACAGAAUUACUGCUGGGUCAGUUGUAACAUGGUGGUUCUUUAUCCAAUCUCCGACCACAGCCAACCAGCAGCUAGUAGUUUGGAUUAGGCGUUGAUUGAGGGUCAAUUAAAUUAAAGUUUGUCUCCUUUUUUAUCCAAAUAAUUUACAGAUGUAAUAAUGUGAGACUGAAGGAUGGCUUCCUUAUCCUUUAUAAA